ACACACUGCACUCGUCAAAGUCACAGACUGCCUGCCCUCAUUUCUUGCUUUCUGAAAUCUUGAUUUAUCUUUAGCUCACCAGCACCACCACCACCGCUGGUCACCACCACCACUCGUCGUCACCACCUCGCUGCUCCUCCUCUUCCAGUCGCUCCUUCACCGCUUCUCCGCGCCCUCCGCAUUCUGCUCGACGCCGCACAUGGCGCGGCGGGGGUACGCAGUGCGCGCAGCGGCACUUGCGCGCGUCUUAGUGCUGCUGCACUGCGCUUUCUUGGCCGUGGGAACGCCCAUUGCUGCAUCCCAAGCGGCGGUGCUGGCGGACUGUCAGAAGGCCUGGGGGCAGACGUUCUCCGGAUGGUCGGCGGGGUCGGACUGCGCGCAGGCGGCGGGGCUGACGUGCGACAAGCAGGGCAUGGUCACCUCCAUGAAGAUGGCGUAUGCGGGCCUGAGCGGGAGCAUCCCAGAGAGCAUCAGCGGGCUCAGUCAGCUCACCGACUUCGACCUGCUGAUGAACAACAUGACGGGGCUCAUUCCAACCACCAUCACCGCCCUCUCCAACCUGCAAAUCAUGAACCUCGGCUCCAACAUGCUGUUCGGCCCCGUGCCCACUGUCUCCACCCUCUCCACCCUCUCCUACCUCAAUCUGGCAUACAAUUUGCUGUCUGGCGAGCUGCCGGCUGCCAUCCAUCCCAGCCUCAAAACCUUGCGACUCCUCCACAACAACCUGUCGGGCUCGCUGCCGGCCACCAUUGGGACCUUCUCACACCUCACUCAACUCGAUGUGUCAUUCAACAAGUUCGCCGGAUCUCUGCCUGCUGACAUCAGCAACCUCACCAGUGCUGCUGUCCUGGAGCUGUGUUGCAACACCUUGAGUGGCACGGUGCCCGACGCCAUCUCCACCCUCACCAACCUAGAGUUCCUUGACCUGGGUGACAACAACUUCACCGGCCCCUUCCCCCCGGCGAUCUUUUCGCUUUCCAAUCUCAGGGACCUGUCGCUGUACGACAACAAGUUUGAGGGACCGGUCCCCAACGCCAUCACCACGCUCACCAAACUGAAGGACCUCAACAUCUUCCGCAAUAGGCUCACUGGCUCGCUUCCCUCUGGCAUUGGAAGCCUCGUGAUGAUGGAGUACAUGAACGUACAGAACAACGCACUCGGUGGGUCAAUUCCAGCGUCCAUCGGCAGCCUCGUCAACCUCAAAUACCUCGACAUGAGCAACAACGCGUUCACCGGGUCCAUCCCGGAGUCCAUGGGGAGCCUCAAACGCCUCGUCAACCUUGACCUGAGCGAGAAUCAGCUCACGGGGUCGCUGCCUGCCGUGCUGGGCGGCCUUACAAACCUGCUCACCCUCUUCUACAACUCCUCGAGUCCCAGCAGCCCCCUGUGUGCCGCCACUGGCAGCUGUGCCGGGGUGAGCCAGCAGGGCAACUCCUCCUUCUGCCAGGCCUGCCCUGCCUUCUGCCUCUCCUGCACGCCCCCCGGCAAUCCAGCAACUUCCACCCCAGCCACCACUCCACCCGCACCACCAUCCGCUUCUGCUCCUGCUUCCUCCCCCUCCCCGUCCACCCCCCCCGUCACCCCGCCUACCGCGUCCCCCAGCUCUCCUCCUCCUGCUCCUGCUUCCCCUGCUACCCCUGCUUCCCCUGCUUCCCCUGCUUCCCCUGCUUCCCCUGCUACCCCUGCUUCCCCCCCACCACCCUCCGCUGCACCGUCGCUGUCUGCUGCACGUGCUGCUGCUGCCUUCCUGCUGCCUGCUCUGCUGGCUGCAGCUCUGACACUCUAGUGCUCAAGACGAAUGCUGCUGUGGCUCGGGCACUCUAGUGCUUGACAGGAACACUGCUGUGUUGUGUUGCCUGCUUGGUGAUAUGAGGUAGCUGUAACCUGCGGGCUGCACUGUCCGAGAAAUUACCCUGUAGCCUGUAGGUAGUCUGUAGCCCACGGAGGAGAGAAUGGUUGGGGGUUUGGGGACGGAAUGUGUGUGGUGAUGACUCGUGAGGGCACACCAUUCUGUGUUGGGCUGUGUUGGGGUGGUGGGGUGUGUUGUGUUGGGAUGAUGCUGGUCAUCGCUGGGGUUGGUUAGAAGUGAACUUCUGAGAUGAAGCUUGGGGUGAAGGGUGGAACAGUUGAAUUGAUUGAUAAUGCGUGGACGUUGAUUUGAUAUGCUCUCAUCAU